CUCAAGUUGCUCCCCAUUUCUUUUUACAAUUAAAGGUGGCUCAUGGGUAAAAAAGGUUGGGUACAUCUGCCUUAGUGGGACCUGGACACACAAAUGACACUGUUGGUAUUCCCUUCCAGAAGCUGUUGUACUGACAGAUACAUCUGAUGACUUCACAAAAGGAUUAGGUGCCCUAUGGUGAGAAAGUACAAGUCACACCUUUAUACUGUAAUCUUAGUACAAUGUUAUUCCUGGGACUGGUCCUUUUGUUGUUUUUUGGAUUAAAAAGAUGUCUUUUUGUGCCUUCAAGAAUUGUUUAGACACCUUCCAACGUAUUAGCUAUAACAUAGGUACAAUUAAUAGUUGAACACGUUUGCCCCUUUUUUUCAAACUCAUCUACUAUGUAAACUGAACACUUAACAUAAUGCUCACUGGUUGGAAUGCCGUCUCUUCUUAUUAGAUAUUCAGCAGAGACAAAUCAGACAGCAUAAAUUGUACCGUAAAGCUGAAUUUAGCUCCGGGUUUUUGUUCUGAUAUAACAGACUCUCACCUCAAAAGAAGCAUCCCAUGAGUAGUUAAAGGAAAGAGUAAUAUCAACAUCUCUCUCAGGCUGCACAACCAGGGGGAAAGGAGAGUUACCAUAACUGAACUGAAGUUGGACAGCACUGGUGUAGCUUAUAGGCUAGGGACAGCCUCUUGCUUUUGAGCCCUACCAAUAGGUGAUUCCCUAGCUCCUGUGCAAUAUGAUGGAACAUUACAGACAAAAAUAAACUUAUUAUUGAGCCAUGUAUUCCUCAAAUAGGCAUUUGGGCCAGUGCAUUUAGGGCAAACCUUGAUGAGAUCUGGGCCCGUGCAGCUGGCACAGGAAUCCGCUGGCUCAGCUCACUGACAGAUCAAUAAGGGUAAUAGGACCCAGUGAUCAGAAGGCAGAUUGUACUACAUCCGAUUCUAUGAAACAAUUAGUUUUAGAGAUCCCUAAACCGUAUAUCCGUUUGGCUGGAGCAUGCAUUAGUUUGUUGAUAAUUGGACUUCUGGCAUUAAGCAUUCGUUUCUGUAACAAGCAUGUGAAAGCAUUAAAAAAACGUGAGGAAGAGGUGCGGAGUCUUCAAGUAGUUGAACCAGGAGUAAAAAUACACAUAGGAGAAGAAGGGAACUCUAAGGAAAAUGAAGUGACUCCUAAUAAAGAAAAUAAUAAUAAAGUGGGAGAAAUACCAGCGUCUGCUACAAUAACGGAUGUCCCUCAAGAGAACUGUGCUGAAACAGAUAACAAGAUUAAAGAUGUUGAAUCACAGCACAUGAACGAAGAUACCACUAAAAAACAAAAAAAGAAAAACUGGAGGAAAUAUCUUCCUUUUACUAAAAAAACCAAUCCACCUCCUGAGAACGGUGUGGAAACAGAUAAAGAGCUAAAGGAAAGUUGGAAGAAACUACUAAAACUACUAAAACUACUAAAACUACUAAAACUACUAAAACUAGUAAAACCACGAAAACCAGAAUUAGCAGAGGAAACAGAUGAACAGAACAAGAAAGUUCAUGAAACGCAAGUAGAGGAAGUUGAUCAGAAGAAGAAAAAAAGAAUAUGGAAAUGGAAAAAGAAAAGGGCAGAAAUGACACUUCUCCCGAAAUAAAAACCAAAGUCGAAGGAGGAGCAGUUAAAAAAAAAAAAAUAGAAUAACGGCAGCCCUUUCCUCGUGAUGCAAUUAUGGGUGACUUCGGAAAACGAAUCGUUUCGUGUGCCCGCCCCCAGGCGAUUUACAUUUUAACCGGCGGAAGG